UAAGGACAGAGCGAAGCCGCCUAUUUCAUCGAAGGUCAUUUCGUUUACUUUGAUUCGUUAUAUAAACGAGGGGUAAAAGGGUAACGAUAUCAGUUUGAUUCUGUGACUUCAAUACAAUCAACAUGAACACUUUGGUAGUACUCGCUUUCUUCGCCCUCGCAGCUUCUGCCUCUGCCUCUGGCCUCGGCCUUGGUCUUGGUCUUGGUUUGGGACACGGUAUACACGGUGGAUGGGGUGCAUGGGGCGGUCACGGACCCUCUGGAGUCGUAACUGGAGCCGGAGCUGCCGGACCAUCUGGAGUCGUAACUGGAGCUGGAGCUGCUGGACCUUCUGGAGUAGUUAACGGACUUGGAGCUGUAGGACCAACUGGACCCAACGGACAUGGUGUAUGGGGAUUGGGACACGGAGGAUGGGGUGCUGGAGUUGGUGCCUUGGGACUUGGACAUGGACUCGGUCUUGGUGUCGGUCAUUUGGGUCUCCACGGUUAACUUACAAGGUUGUCUUGUAAAAAAAAUUGAUUGUUGAUUGUUUAAUAUAAUACAAAAUUUGAACUGAUGUAAAAUAAACAUAAACGUUGUACAUACAUAUAUUUGUGUGUUUUACUAUUUACCUAUAGACUAUAUAUUAAUGAUAUGAAAUUAACU